GUAGUAGCAAGACGCGAACGCCCCUUUCUGCUUUCAGGUUACUGUUACACGCAGUCGUAGCCUAAAAUGUCCGACAAUGCGGAGUCACCGACCGAGGCACAGAAAGAGGAGCUGCAAUCGCCGCCCGACGACACGGGGAUAAGUGAAGAGAAAAAAAAGAUUGACGUGCUGUUGAAGGCAGUCGGUGACACCCCCAUCAUGAAGACUAAGAAGUGGGCGGUGGACCGGGGCAGGACGGUCCAGUCGCUGUCCCAGUUCAUCGCUCGCUUCCUCAAGCUGGAUGCUAACGAGCAACUGUUCAUCUACGUGAACCAGUCCUUUGCUCCGUCACCGGACCAAGAAAUGGGGAUCCUCUUUGACUGUUUUGGCAGCGACGGCAAACUGGUCCUACAUUAUUGUAAAUCUCAAGCAUGGGGCUGAUGACAGCGUUGAAUGUGUUGAUGUACAUAUUGUAAAUAAAUGAUUGGCACAAGG